CGUUCAUUUCAUUCUUGCCCUCAUUCCGCGCAUACUUCACAUCGUUGUUAGAUACGCAGAAUUGUCGCGCUCUCGCGCUCCGACAAGAAGAAAAAAAGUGAUCAGCUGGAAAUAAAUCAGAGCGUGCGCUCGAUCCGAUUACUCUGCAUCACGCACAUUUAAAACACUGAGAUUGUGCAAAUACCCGCAGAGAUUUUCAUCACUUGUGGAGGUUCAGAAAACACUUUUUGCUUCGAUCUGUGCCAACUAGUUUACCCCGAUCUCGUUGUAACAGUCAGUGCAGCUAAAGUUCUCCAGGCUCGGGCUCCGAGAUCCCAGCCGUUGCCAUGGAUCCCAGCAGCUGGAGUGGCAGUGAAAGUGCCGGGGAGGAUAUCGAGAGGAUGAGCGACUCGGCCGAUAAGCCCAUGGACAACGAUGCAGAGGGUGUGUGGAGCCCUGACAUUGAGCAGAGCUUCCAGGAGGCCCUGGCCAUCUACCCACCCUGCGGCCGACGGAAAAUCAUCCUGUCUGAUGAAGGGAAAAUGUAUGGUCGUAACGAAUUAAUCGCCAGAUACAUCAAACUCAGAACGGGAAAGACACGGACGAGAAAGCAGGUCUCCAGUCAUAUCCAGGUUCUUGCCCGGCGGAAAUCCAGAGAAUUUCACUCCAAGCUAAAGGACCAGUCCGUGAAGAAUGAUGCGAUCAACAGGAUGGCAGCCAUGUCUUCAGCGCAGAUCGUCUCGGCCACGGCCAUCCACAGUCGGCUGGGGCUCGCGGGACUCCCACGGGCCACCUUGCCUGGGUCGACAGGGAUUUGGCAGGUGCCAACAGGGCAGCCUGGUUCCUCACAAGAUAUAAAGCCGUUCUCACAGCAGAAUUACCCCAUCCAGACAGCCACAGCCAUCGCAGCUUUCGAGUCCCCCACACCCCUCACAGCCGCAGUGCCGGUGUGGCACGGGCGCUCUAUCGGCACCUCUAAACUGCGGCUGGUGGAGUUCUCCUCCUUCCUGGAGCAUCAGCGGGACCCAGAUUCAUACAACAAGCAUCUGUUUGUGCACAUCGGCCAGACGAAUUAUUCAUACAACGAUGCGCUUCUGGAGACAGUGGACAUACGUCAAAUCUACGACAAAUUCCCUGAGAAGAAGGGUGGGCUGAAGGAGCUGUUUGGAAAAGGACCUCAGAACGCCUUUUUCCUGGUGAAGUUCUGGGCCGACCUGAACUGCAACAUCCAGGAGGAUUCUGGGACAUUCUAUGGCGUGACCAGUCAGUACGAGAGCUCGGAGAACAUGACCAUUACCUGCUCCACAAAGGUCUGCUCCUUCGGGAAACAAGUGGUUGAAAAAGUUGAGACGGAGUAUGCUCGGUUUGAGAACGGCCGUUUUGUGUACAAGAUCAGCCGGUCCCCCAUGUGUGAAUACAUGAUCAACUUCAUCCAUAAGCUCAAGCACCUGCCUGAGAAGUACAUGAUGAACAGCGUACUAGAAAACUUUACCAUCCUACUGGUGGUGACGAACAGAGAAACUCAAGAGACCCUACUGUGCAUGGCCUGUGUGUUCGAGGUCUCAAACAGCGAGCACGGCGCUCAGCAUCACAUCUACAGACUGGUCAAAGACUGAGGCUCCCGACUCACACGAGUAACACUAAGAGCAGUCAGUCAGCGACCUACUGCCCACAGAGAGGAGGGGGAAAAAACAGAACAGUGGAGACUUUAUAUUCACUGAGGCUUUUAGGCUACACAGCUGACGUCCGCCAAGGGCGGCAAAGCCUGAUUGACUAAGAAAAGCCUUUGAAUGACUCACAACAUCAUUUUAAGUGGCUGUGCCUCUGUCAGUCCCACCCAGAAGGCUUUUGUCACGUUUUGGGUGAGGUCUGGAAUGAAUAAUUACAUUAUAAUUUGUUCAUCACUUGUGUUUUGGUGUUUAUUUUUUUUAACCUGUCGUGGGUGAAACGGUACAGUUUUGUUAUUUUGUUUGGAUGUCUGUUUAACUUGGUUGAUGUUUUAAACCACAAUGUGUUUUGAAAGAACAUUGCUUAUAUAAAGUCGUAUUGUCAUAGUACGUGAAAGCUUUUUUCUGUUGUUCAACCUUUUAUUCUCACAUUGAACUACAUUUCAAUGGCUUCGCCCCUGGUAUUUUUUCACCUUUAGUGGAUUUAACUUUAAUGAAAGCAUAAAAAGGUACUGUAUUAUUUAUGUGGAACUACCUGCCUUACACUGCACAUAGGCUGUUCCAGUACUAAAACACUAAGAAACAAAUCAUUUUCUUAAUAGAAACUUUAAAUAUAACACAUGAUGUUGAAGACAAAUACAAACCUUAAUCAGUUUUGUUUAUUUGUGAAUUUGCAUUUAAAGGUGCAGUGUGUAAAUUUUAGCAGCAUCUAGCGGUGAGGUUGCGAAUUACAAUAUAGAGAAUGUCGUCGUCUGAAACAGCAGAGAGAAGCUAGUCAAGCAAACGCGCUCUGUCGAGCAGUUUGUCCGUUUACGGCUACUGUAGAAACGGCGCAAAAUGGCAAUUUAACAAGCAAGUGGACCCGCGGUGUAUGUAGAUAGAAAAGGCUCAUUCUAAAGUAAUAAAAAUAUAACGGUUAAUUAUACACCACUAAAAACAUAGUUAUGUAUAUUAUAUUGCAUUUGGUCUGUCAAUAGAUCCUCCUAAAAUGUACACAUUGCACCUAUAAAGCUGAAGUAGACUAUGUAACGUUUUCUGUUAUAAAUACUUUCUCCUAUACCAGCUUAAUAUAUAGAGAAUGAAAGAAAAACCACUUCAUGGGUUAAUUUUUACGAAAACUUAAAACACUUGCGCUAUGAAAAUCCCCCUUUUUAUUUUGAGUGACUCGUGUCGUUCUCGACCAAUGGCGUGAGUCGAGGGCGGGGCUGUCAAUGUUUAUUUUUGAAAUUCUGUUAGAUGGCGCUAUUGGGGCAAAAAAUUACAUACUUAUUUCUUCCCAUAUCAGAAUAGGCUACACAAUAAAGGGAAUUUACAUAGCAAAAUCACCAAAGCAUACUGUGCCUUAGUGUUUAUCAUCACAGACUUUGUCUAAUUGUGAGUAAAAGGAUAAAACCUCACUUGAUGUUUGUAUUUUGUUCCACAGAAAAUGUUCACAUUUUUUGUCAAGCCAGUCUAAGCAAAGUAGGUCACAUUUCUCUCUUGUACACCAAAUAAACAUUCUAUCACUUCUGUUCAUGUCAAGUGAACGCUA